UCGAGGUAGUACGUACCCGUACCCUUAAUCCGUAAGACGGAUACAUUCGGGGUGAAGAAGUGAUCGUAGCACAGCAUACCUUCACGACGGAUGCACAUUGAUGGUGUAAAGUGUUAGGGACCGGCCGAAGUGAAUCUCUCACCAUGAGCGAAACGGACUUUGCCGUUCUGGUGAAUCAUGUGGUGGUGUAUGCAAUGCAGUAUGUAUUGCUUUAUGGUUUUGUCUGGUCUGAAGUGAUUUAUAUCCAUCGCCAUCGGGGUCGGUUGGAUCAACCGAACCAUCACUACCACCCAAGGGGACAAACAGCGAACCCAUCAUCGGCGCCUCGUUGGUUGACCGGUACUCUGCACGUCACUGGCGUGCUAGCGGUUUGUCUGGCGGUAUGCCGCGUCAUCUACGAUUCAGUGGGCCAGUGGCGGUCCAUUAUCGAAGUUAUCUCGCUGGUGACUGUGUUCGGCCUUCAGAUGUAUUCGCACCGGCAGCAGGUGGAUCAGGUUUAUUUGUUUUCCUUCUGGACGCUCCGUCUACUGGCCUUGUCGAUGGAGAUCACCGAUCGGUGGGAUAUCUACCACAUUCUCCAUACCACACUAGCCCUCUGCUGGCUAACGGAUUGUUGUCUAAUGAUUUUGUGGCGGCAUGAUCGAACCGAGCCGACGCAACAGCUUGAACCGAAUCUUAUUCGAAGACUGUACUUUUCCUGGAUGGAUCCAGUGUAUCGAGAGGCUCAGCGCAGUGACUGUACGUUCCAUGGAGGCGAGCUAUCAAAUCCACUGCCAGCAGAUCGACGUUGUCAAUCACUGCUCGAUUGGUUUCGGUACCGCACACCAAGGCAACAGUAUGUACACCCCAGUGAGCAGGUUGACCGAGGUCUAACGAUCACUCAGCUACUACAGCCCUUCCGGAAGGAUAUUCUCUCCACUGGCGUUAACAGACUGGUGCUGGUUUCGUUGUACUUUCUCUGCCCGUACCUACUGAGAGUGCUACUCGAGCCAAAUCAGUCACAGAAGAUCCAGCGAUGGACAGUGGCCUGUAUGUUCUUUACCUCACUGAUGAUCGCAAUACUGAAUACGCAGUACCAGCACACCACUCGUGACAUCGGAUUGCGCAUUAAAUCCAUCCUGAUGGGUAUGAUCUACGAGAGCAUGACGGACAGGAUACCGUCCAAAAAUUCGUCCAGUGCCGUACUGACGAGCGAUACCAGUGUAUUCGUAAUGUUUAUGCAGGACCUCCAUAUGCUGUGGUCGGGACCAUUAAUAAUCAUCGUAACGAUCGGUGCCCUAUACUUGGAAAUAGGGGUUAGUGCAGUGGUUGGUUUGUUGCUGAUGGGUCUGACCAUUUGGCUCACCGAUUUUCUAUCGAGCAAGCUCUCCGGUCUACAAAAGCAAGCGAAGCACUGCCAGGACGCUCGUGUACGGUUGACGACCGAAGCGAUCGCGCAUGCACAACAGAUCAAAACGGAGCAACUAGAAUCGUUCUUCGAGCGCCGUAUCGGCGAACAUCGCACGCAGGAGUUGUCCUACAUUCUGCACGCCAUAUGGUUCGAGGCCACCAAACAGCUGUUGAGCAUUGGCACACCCACGUUUGUGGCGUUCGCGACAUUCGUCGUUAUGGAGCUUACGGGCGAUGCAUCGCUACUGACCGUGCAGUCCAUGUUUGUCGCGAUCUCUCUGUUCAACCUUACGCGCUAUCCAAUGACAAUGAUUCCGACCCUGUGUACCAGCUGGAACAAUGUCAAAGUAUCGCUGGAACGAAUAAAUGUGUUUAUUCGAGCCGGCAAUCCUCCAGAGGUAGAGAUCGUUGAAGUGCCCAAAGGACCAGUGAGAACUUCGCAGGAGCGCAUCCGACUUGUAUCGCAAGAAAUAACAAAUCUGCUAGCGGACACGGAUGUCGCGAAUGAACCAAAAGCACUAGUAAUUGAACAGCUCAACUACUGCAUCGGUGACAAGCACAUUCUGCGUGAUGUAAGCCUGGAAGUGGUGAAUGGAAGCUUCACUGCCAUUGAUGGUAAAGAGGGAGCAGGCAAGAGUAUGCUGUUGCGUGCUAUCCUUGGGGCGAUAGCUGAUUUGACUGGCAAACGAACGGUACAUGCCGCUAGGAUCUCCUAUUGCUCUCAGAUGCCCUGGAUCCAGCAUGAUACGAUUAGGAACAACAUUCUGUUCGGUGAACCGUACAACCAGGAACGAUAUGAGGAAGUGAUCAGAGCAUGCUGUUUGGUUGAUGACUUUAACACCUUCCCCGAUCGUGACGAGCGUAUCGUUGGUGAAGGUGGUCAAUCCCUCUCGGGGGGACAGGCACAUCGCGUUGCGAUCGCACGCGCCAUCUAUCACCGUGCUGACCUGUAUCUGUUCGAUGAUCCACUUCGAUCGCUCGAUACGAACAUCGCCGAUGAACUGUUUGAGCGUGUGUUCGACCGCCAACGAGGUUUAUUGGCCGGCAAGACGUGUUUAUUUGUAUCGCAUAAUCCAGAUCAUAUACAGCGAGCGGCCGAUAGGAUCGUUCGAAUGUCUUGUGGUACGAUCGAGCAGAUCCUCGAUACGCCAGUUCGAGCGACAGACAGCAGCCAGCAAGAAUUCAAAUCGGAACCAGUACCGGAUGUGGUGCAACAGCCUCAAAAACCAACGUUGCGGCGUAACAAAACCAGAACCAAUAUGCUGCAACAUCGAUCGCAGCAUUCCAAACAACAAACCAAACGGAACAAAGAAAAUAAUCUGCAAGGAAGCGUGCCACUGGAGCUGUAUCGCAAAUUUUGGAAUCUCUUCGGAUAUUUUUGGAGUGUGGCAGUGAUCAUACUGGAGACGCUUGUUACUGGACUCGAUAUCUAUAUCACGGUACUAUUGGCCGAGUGGGCUUCAACGGGACAAACAAAGGAAUCACGCAUUCUCUAUCUUGUUGCGUUGAUCGUUAUUAUUUGGUCCACGUUUUUGUUCGCUAAGACGGGUCUGUUGCACGUUCGCGGUCGUACGACAUCCAGGUUCGUCCAUGUGCGCAUGCUUGCCACCAUACUACGCCAGCCGAUGCAAUUCUUCGAUCGUACCGAUUCCGGAGUCAUUGUGAACCGGUUCUCCAACGAUUUGGAUACGCUGGACAACAAAAUCACUGGAAAUAUACGCGCAGUAUUAGCGGCCCUCUUCGGUGUACUUGGCACGCUCGGGUUGUUUGUGUACAAGCUAAGCAGUACCGGUGCACUGUUCACUGUACUGUUGAUGUUAGGAGUGGCAGUGCUCAUGUGUGGUCUAUGCUACCUGAUGCGCUAUCAUUUGCGCGUUGCCCGUACUUUGAAACGCUUCGAAGCCAGUUCACGAUCGCCACUCGUACUGCAGUACAACGAGACGGUGCAGGGUAUCGAUACGAUCAAGGCAUACGGAGCCGAGGAUCGGUUCCGCCGACAGUUCCUCGAGAAGGUAGAUCUUCAUCAAACGUACGUCUACGAGAGCUUGGCUGCGAGCCGAUGGAUCGGAUUCCGUCUGGAGUUUGUCGGUGUGAUCAUCAUCUACUACGUUAUGCUGCUGACAGUCAGUUAUCGAUCGCUCGUUGGUUUGGCCUUCGUUGGUAUCAUCGUAAGCUAUGUCUUGCGAUUAAUACCGUCUCUCAAUACCCUACUCGUUCAGGUAGGAUUGCUCGAGGAGAACAUCAUCUCUAUCGAGCGCAUCUCGCAGUAUAUGGAGCUGCCCGGAGAAUCUCUUAACGAAGGAACAACGGUCUUUCCCAUCAGUGGUCAAAGAGGAACAAUUGAGUAUCGCAAUUUCUCACUCACGCACUCCGAUGGUUCAGUGGUUCUUCAGGAGAUCUCGCUGACGAUACGGGCCGGUGAGAAGCUGGGCAUCAUUGGUCGUACAGGCGCCGGCAAAUCAAGCUUAAUCGGAUCACUUUUUCGAUUUUAUCCAGAGCACACGUCGGGAGUCAUACUCAUUGAUGGUACAGAGCUGGGCAAAGUUUCACUCAACCAUCUACGCGGAUCACUAACACUCGUGCCACAAAACACUACACUAUUUUCGGGUCAAGUGCAAAGCUUUGUUGAUCCUAAGAACAACAAGCCCGCGGAACGGAUCAUCGAUACCUUGCGACGCUGUGGUCUUGGGCGCGUGACGCUUGGGACAGCUUUGGAGGAGCUCUCCGUGGGAGAGCGUCAGUUGUUGUGUUUGGUUCGAGGGCUGCUUCGUGAUACGCCGAUCAUUAUACUGGAUGAGGCAACAUCGGCCGUGGAUAGUGCCACGGAAGCUAUUAUUCUGCAGGUGAUGCGGGAGCAUUUUCACGAUCGUACCGUGUUGAUGAUUGCCCAUAGGCUUCACACCAUUCAAGACUGCGACCGUCUUCUCUGGCUAGCCAACUGUCGUAUCCGCAAGCUGGCUACGCCCUCCGAUUAUACCGAUGCCGACUGGAAAGCAUUGGAAUGCGGUGAAUAGUCUCAACUCAAACUCAACCGAAUGCGUUGAGCAAAGAACAGCAUGUACUUACAAUUUCUUAUUCUAAAAUACGAUCGAUCGAGAAUAUAGCAAAUCAUUAAGUCAAGAAGUUAAUCCAUUUUUGUUAGUGUAUUUUUCAAUUUUGAAAACACAAAACCUUACUCGAUCAAACGAAUUAAUUUCAAAAGUAUUUAUAUACCUUAGAGUAUCGUUAAAAUAAAAUUU